CGAUUCACUCUGUUUAAUCGGGAUCGGGGUUCGAAAUGGAGAGGAUAAUCUUCGCAGAUGCGAAGAUGAAAAAAAUGAUUUUCUUACGUCUUAAAAGAGAACUCCAAAGGAAAAGUCACAAAAUUUUUCAAAUUUCGAGUACUAGUUCUGGUACAUCAUCAGUUAUUGCGGUUUUAGACACGAAUUGCAAAAAAUGUGCUGGAAGUUCUGUAAAAAGACCAACAUGUCACCCUUGGACAAAAGCAAUGACAACUAAAUCACAUCUACAAGGGAAAGAUUUACAUGUUAUUCAAUACAAUGCACAGAGAAACUUUAGCAAAACAACUGCGAAGUUGGAGAAAGAAAAGGAGAAAACAAAUACAAAGACAGAUGAGAAAGACUCGAAGGAAGAUAAUGAGAAGAAAGACUCAAAGGAAGAUAAUGAGAAGAAAGACUCAAAGGAAGAUAAUGAGAAGAAAGAAGAUAAUGAGAAGAAAGAGGAGAACGAUGAUAUCCAAAGCGGACUUCUGGACGGUACAUCAGACACCCUGGUUGCUCUCAUUGUCGCAGUUGCCUGUUCAGGAGUCAUGUUUCUAUUGAACAAACCCAAGGAAGAGUAUUCCUAUAAAGGGGAAAUUUCUUGGACGGAAUUUAUAGACAUGAUGAAGAAAGGAAUGGUAAGAAAAGUAGUUGGAAAUGCAUUACCUGGCCUGGAUUCUCAGAAUGUUCGCGUUUACUUAUAUGAUGAAUACGUAGGAGAAAAUGGCACUGUUCCUAGUGGUUGCUGGGUUACACUGCAAACAGAUAUGCCAUUCUCUAAAUUUGGAUACUAUAUCAGAAAUUUAGAGACAGAAAACAAAAAUGCAAAUAAAGUCAUUUUAAAUGAAGGCAUAUCGAGUCAUUCGAUGGUUUUUAUCGUAUUUCUAGUAGCCUACUUUGCAGUAAUAGUAAGAAGAAUCUUAAUUAUAUCACGGAUGCAAAAGCAUAUAAAGCCAAAUCCAAGGCCGGUGAUGAAUGCUAAUCAGAAUCAAGACAAUAACGAUUUUAUGAGAUUCAACAUGAUGAUGGAGGAAGAGGAUCUCCUUGUAGACGACAAACCAAAGUUGAAGUUCAAGGACAUUGCUGGCAUAAAAGAGGCCAAGGUCGAAGUGAUGGAGUUUGUUGAUUACUUAAAGAAUCCUCUGAGAUACCAGAGGCUAGGUGCUAAAAUUCCACAUGGAGCAUUGCUACUUGGCCCCCCUGGAUGUGGAAAGACUCUUUUGGCCAAGGCUGUAGCUGCUGAAGCUAGCGUACCAUUCUAUUCAAAAGCUGGGUCAGAAUUUGUGGAAAUCUAUGGAGGUCAGGGAGCUUCAAGAGUAAGAGAACUUUUCAAGAUUGCGAGAGCCAAUGCCCCCUGCAUUAUCUUCAUUGAUGAACUGGAUGCUGUAGGGAGAAGUCGUGGUAGCAGAGGAGCAGCAAACAACUCUGAGGAGGAGCAGACUCUGAACCAGUUGCUGGUGGAGAUGGACGGCAUCAACACAACAGAGGGUGUCAUUAUGCUGGGGGCCACCAACAGGGUGGACAUCCUGGACAAGGCUCUGCUUCGUCCAGGAAGAUUUGACAGACAUAUCCUGAUAGACCUCCCAACAGCAAAAGAAAGAGAGGAACUUUUCGAGAUGUAUUUGGCAAAGAUAGUUACAAAUUUCUCCAUUUCUGAAUAUGCACCACGCCUUGCUCACCUUACUCCUGGAAUGUCAGGUGCAGACAUUGCCAAUGUAUGUAACGAGGCAGCCAUUUAUGCUGGCACUAACAGCAAGACCUCAGUAUCCAAGCCAGACAUGGACUAUGCUCUGCAAAAGAUCAUAGGAGGAACAGAGAAGAGAUCUUAUGUUAGGGAUUCUCGUGAGAAGAAGAUCAAUGCUUACUACGAGGCUGGAAGAGCUGUUGUAUCGUGGAUGACGAGGACCUCGGAUGCUAUCUUAAAGAUUUCCAUAGUUCCUAGGAGUAAAUUCAGACUAGGACACUAUCAGUAUUAUAAGCCGGAGAGAGAUCUUCAAACUAAUGUUCAGUUGUUUGAGAAAAUGUGUGUACAUUUAGCUGGCAGUGCUGCGGAGGCCAUGGUAUUCAAUCACUACUCCUCAGCUGCAGCAAAAGAUUUGGAAAUUGUCAAAAAGCUGGCUUACUUGCAAGUAAGAGAAUUUGGAAUGAGUGAAAAUGUGGGUCAGAUUUCCUUCCACUUUGAAGAGGGUGAUGAAACAAUGCCCAAGCCUUACAGUAAAUAUAUGGAGAAUUUGAUUGACACGGAAGUCAGGGAUAUGGUUACAAAGGCUAGUUUGCAAUCAAAGAAAAUUCUGGAGGAAAAUAUGGCAAAAGUUCAUAAGAUUGCCAAGGAACUAAUGGAAAGAGAAACUUUGUCGUAUGAAGACAUUGAAAAGCUGAUUGGUCCCCCGCCCCAUGGGAGUAAAAUGCCAGACGAAUAUAUGAGCUUUGUACCAUUAAAUGAAAAUGAUGACACCAAACAAUAACUGAAUUAUGAUUUGAUAAACCUGUCUUUCAUGUAUAGUGAGUGUGAGCGAGAGAAAAAGUGAAGUUUAUAUUUGUUGCUAGUGUUUGUAUAAAAUGCUGAAAGUCUGAAAUGAAAUAUAAAGUUUUGAUUAAUUUAAAA